UUUGGUGUCUGCCUCCGAGCGUGUGUGUGUCAGAGUGAGUGUGUGUGCAUCUCAGAGGAAGAAAAAAGCUAAAGAGAGAGAGAGAAAGAGAGAGAGAAAGGGAGGGAGAGGCAAGCAGCGUUUAUUCUCCCCCCUUUAGCCUCCCCGUCUCCCUGUCACUCCAUCCUUCCUCCCUUCUCCUGGACCACCCUUCAGCCCUGUUCGAGCCGAACCGAGACCCCCCCUUACCACCCAGACCACCCCGGGACCCUUUGACUCUCCUCACUUCUCCAUCCCACCAACCACAACCUCUGAGCAGGGUUUCCUGUCCUGUCCUCCUGGAGUGCUGUCUGUGAACAUCUCAGCUACAUCACAUCCACCAAGCCCAGUUGCCGAAAUUAAUUUGAUCAAAAUACACCUCUGCUGAACGUGUGUAGCAAAAUCCACGUCCAGUCACUCCAUUCUGCUGCAGGGCUGAAAGCCACAGGUCACAUGACCUGGAAGAAAAAACCCAGAAGACCCUUGAAAUCCCUCUUUGCAUGGGCUGGAUAUCAACCGGAGGGGAAGUCAAAAGGCUGAUGAACUGAACUGUGAGACCACGUCGCUCUGGUGUCCUGUAUGCCCUGGGAACACAACACCCAGUGGAAAUCUGGUGAUUGGCUGGCUGGAAUUCCACCAUACUCCGUUUCCUUCUGAGGACAUCCUGUUGUAGGACCACACUUACUUCACUUUGAAUGGAGACCACCAAAGUCCAGUCAGAGGGUGGCCUUAAUGUCACCCUCACCAUACGACUCCUAAUGCAUGGAAAGGAGGUUGGAAGUAUAAUUGGUAAGAAAGGAGAAACAGUAAAAAAGAUGCGAGAAGAGAGUGGAGCACGAAUCAAUAUUUCAGAGGGCAACUGUCCGGAAAGGAUUGUCACCAUCACUGGACCUACAGAUACCAUCUUCAAGGCUUUUGCUAUGAUUGCCUACAAAUUUGAAGAGGACAUAAUCAAUUCCAUGAGUAACAGCCCAGCAACCAGCAAGCCCCCUGUCACCUUAAGGCUUGUCGUGCCAGCCAGCCAGUGUGGCUCCCUUAUAGGGAAGGGGGGCUCCAAAAUCAAAGAAAUGAGAGAGUCAACAGGGGCGCAGGUUCAGGUGGCGGGGGACAUGCUUCCCAAUUCUACAGAGCGUGCAGUGACAAUCUCUGGGACCCCAGAAGCCAUCAUCCAGUGUGUCAAACAAAUUUGUGUGGUCAUGCUGGAGUCCCCACCAAAAGGUGCCACUAUUCCUUAUCGCCCAAAGCCUGCCUCCACCCCAGUCAUUUUUUCUGGUGGCCAGGCCUACACAAUUCAGGGACAGUAUGCCAUACCACACCCAGACCAGUUGACCAAGCUCCACCAGUUGGCUAUGCAGCAAACCCCCUUUACCCCUCUCGGACAGACCACCCCUGCUUUCCCUGCUUUGGAUGCCAGUCCUCCAGCCAGCACCCAUGAACUCACCAUUCCUAAUGAUCUAAUAGGCUGCAUUAUUGGACGCCAGGGAACCAAAAUAAAUGAGAUUCGACAGAUGUCUGGGGCGCAGAUCAAAAUUGCGAAUGCAAUGGAGGGUUCAUCAGAGCGCCAGAUCACUAUCACAGGGACCCCUGCUAACAUCAGCCUGGCCCAGUAUCUCAUCAAUGCCAGGCUGACGUCUGAAGUCACUGGAAUGGGCACACUCUAAUUUCUACCCAGUGCAUCACAUGACCCUUGAGCAAAUGGCAUUGCACCUAGUUUAUUGAUUUCUCUGUUUGACCGUCCUGAUAAUGAAGUGGCUUUAACUUUAUUAGUAGUUACUGUAAACUUGUGUACAGAUUCUGCCUACUGUUACCUUGAUUCCUCACUUUUCUCUGAAACUUUGUUUUCUCCGGAGGCUUUACUUUUUUGACACUCUAGUACUUGUCAUGGCAUCUCACACACUGCACCGCUUUUUUUUUACGUCGUGUUUUAACACAUUGCUUUGAUUCUCCUUUGAUUUCUAGGGCUAAAUACCCUAAUGUGAAUGCUAAGAAAACCAAAACUCAACCACCCACUUCUUGGCUAAUUGUGACAAAAGCAUUGCUUAACAGAAAUGUUAAACAUACAGCUGCACAGAUAUUUUAUUCUAAUUUAUUUCACUCUUAUGAUUGAUGAGUCCACAGUGUGCCUGUAGACAUUUGCCUGUUUGUCUCAGUGUCGUACACUUCGGAUCAAUCUGCAUGAAACUCCCACAUUUCAAAUUUAUUUGAAAAUCAGACAGGUGGAAAUGGAUUGAGUGGUGAAUGGAGGAUGAAUAUAUUUGUCACUCUACCUCCAGUUUGAGAGUGGAGGCCAAUAAACAUUCAGGCUGAUGUGGAAAUAUCAGUCUCUCCGAGUUCCAUGUGACACCCGACAAAAAGCUGGGAUGGAAAAAUGAAGCUGUGUUUCAGUAAAUGACCCCAGAACAGAGUAAAAUUCAAAUGCAUGCGAUCUGUAAACCCCAUUUUAUUCACCUGUACUCCACAGACAUGUAAUCAUGUUAUUCAUGCUGCAGUCUCAUAGUAGCUCUGUAUAAUAGGCAUGAGCCUCCUGGAAAAGUCUGGAAAUUGUCUUCAGUACAUUUGCAUUCUCAUGUAGCUCAUUUUACGAUGUUGGGGGUUGCCAGGGGGGAUGAAAAAUUCUCAUGAUUAUCACAUCUGUUUCUUUAGCUUCGACCUCACAGCACACUGGAUAUUUUACAGAAUAAGUGGUGUGUUUUUUGGUUUGCAUAUGUCAAUCAUCAGCAUUAAUAAAACACUGGAAACCU